AAAACACUGUUUUACGCCAAAGAUUAGGUUAUUAUGUUUUAUGAUCGUUUUGAUUAAAAUUGUUGGUAUACUGGUAACUUCAUAAUGUCGAUGGCUCAUCCGUUGCCAGGUGGUGGUCGACGAAAAGUAGCGCGACAUCGUCAACAAAUGGGUCGGGUCGCGUCUGCCCCUCCAGAUAUUAUUCGCUUGCGGCAGAUGCUUCGACCUUUUGAAUUGGCAAAGAUAAAUAAGAUACGGCAAGAUGCGAAAGAAUCAUGGAAAUGUGAACUCGAUCGUGAAAAAUCAAGUGUGACGUCAUAUAAUGGGUCACAUUCGCUUAAAUUGCUGGACGAACCUACUCAGACAAGACUGAGACCCUCUUCACCUCGCAGGCAAAAUAAUCCGCACCCUCAAAACGUUUUCCUGGUGACAAGAUUAAAAAAGGUGAAAGGAUGUUUUGACGUAGACGAGGCAACGGUUCGAAAAUGUAGAGGUGAUGAAAAAACUCGAUUGAAUGAAUUUGUCAGCAGCCAUGAAUCCGAGAUUAGACGAGCGAUGGGCAAGCUCCCGAACCGACCCAACACGUCGGUGGUUACGGAAAAGGAAAUGUCCGCCGUGAUUGGACAAGUUCCUGCUCGUGCAGCUGAAGCAUGGAUUAAGCUAAGUAGUGAUAAAGAUAAACAAGCCAUCAGUAAAAGAUUUCGUGAAACGGAAAGUCGAAUUAAAUUUGAACUUGACGCAUCAGAAGCAAAGUUCGCAAAGUCUACAAAAGGAACAACUUGUAGAAAGUCUUACCCAAGUUUGCGAAGACCGCAGCAGCAAAAUAUUAGAGAGAUAUAUUCGUCGACGCGCUGGAUUAAAAAAGCCGGAAAUCAAGAAUCAAAAUCGGUUCAAAAGUUGAUUGAGUGUCUUCGUAAAUCUCCACCCCGAAGUCUCCCCAAAGAAGGACCACACUUUCACAUCACUGAUUACUCGCCCAUGUUCGCCCCUGUACCAAGAGAACCGUAUUACGACUUCCAAAUUCACCCGGAGUGGCACCAGCCGUGGCACAAGAAAUAUGAGUCAUCUACACAAGCGUAAACACAUACAUUAUGCACCGUUGUAUUUAACUGUAAACAAUCUGGUGUUUCAAUGCCGUAUUAUACACGUAAUGCCGAAAUUAAUGUAGGUAUGCUAGUAUGCUGUACAAAGUAAAUUGCAUCAAAACUC